AUGCUACUUGCGAAGAGACGGUUCUCGCUAGUAGUGGCUACGGUUGCCCUCUUGGCUGCUCUUGCAUCUCUUGUGGCCGGACAGGACCCCCUGGCGCGCGGCAUUACUGUGAAGCUCUCAACCACCGACGGCUCGGCGCCGGACAAAACGCUUGGUGUGAGGCAUGUGGCGUCGCAAGUGACUGCUUUUCAGUUCUCGACGCCGCCGAGCACUGCGGUCGACAUCGAGGGCUUUGUGCUGACUGAGGAUCCUUGUGGUCUCAUGCCCGAUGCGCCGUCCAACUUUAACGGCAAGAUUGCCAUUGUGCCGGGCGGCAUCGUCUCGGUCACAUGUGAUCCUGGUCGACUGGCUGCGCUCGUGGCCAAGUGGGGCGGCAAAGGCAUGCUUGUCAAUCCAAAGAUCCUCGGCUUUCCCGCCAUCUACGCCCCGUCGAAGCAUCGCAAGUCGAUCGCCGGCGCCAGCGCCUUUGUCAACUCGCUCCCGAGCGACUUUGCUGCGUAUAUUAUGCGCAACCCGGAUCAGCUCACGUCGGAACUUGAUCCCUACAAGUCUGCCCCUGGCGUAGUGACGGUGACGGUCGGGCAGGCGCCAAUGGUAGCGUCCGAGCGUGAUGCCCUUGUUGCGCUCUACCGCGGGACUGGUGGCAGUGGGUGGCGGCAGCCGGCGGCGUCGCGGAACGGCAUCCCAUGGCAAGUCAACACCGCGUCCUCGGAUCCGUGCCGCAACAACUGGUACGGCGUCGUUUGCACGGCCGAUGGCUACGUCGACAUGCUCAUGCUCAGCUCGCUCGACCUGGUGGCGGCGCAACUUCCGGCGGCGCUCACGUCGCUCACUGCGCCGUCGUACCUUGAUCUCGCGGAUGGUCGCAUCGGCGGCUCGAUUCCUUCGUUUCCGGCCGCUUGGCGACGCUCGCUUAUCGGCCUCGAGCUGCAGCGCAACUACAUGCGCGGCCGCAUCGAACCUGGAACGCUGGACGUCCUCGACGAACUCGUCUUCCUUGACCUCUCGUACAAUGCCUUUGACGGCCCGGUGCAAAGUAUCCCACUUCCAUCGACCGGCAAGCUCCUGCGGCUCAUUCUCAACGACAACCCGCUGGGGGGCAUGCUGACCUUAGAUCCGGCGUACAUCGGCCUCCAGACGCUAAGUCUUUCGGGAACCAACCUGACCGGGACCAUUCCGCCUAACUUUCUCUUGCCCAUGACCAACAUCUCCUUACUCGAGCUCUCCAACAAUGCGCUCGAGGGCACUGUCCCGGCGUCGGUCCUCUACUCGUCGACGCUUCUCAAGUUAGUGAUUUCCGGCAACGCCUUUACAGGCAUGGCAUCGCCGCCGCCGGCGGUCAUCAAGUCUGAGAUCAAGGAGCUGUACGCCGCCGACAACUCGCUCACCGCCAUACCGUCGCUGGAUACCUUUGUCGAGCUUGUCACACUCGACCUGUCGCGGAACUCGUUUAGCGGCACGCUCACGCUGCCGCUUACUGGAGCCACCGCAAUUUUUACUCUUCGUCUCGCUGGCAACAGCUACAGCGCGGUCGAGCCUGGGUUCAAGAACAAGGCCACUACGCUCCAGGUCCUUGACAUUUCAUCGAACAACCUCGAUGACCUCGGAACAGUCCUCGACCGCAUGCCGGGAGAGUUGACCGAGCUCGAUCUGAGCAACAACGGUGCCGCGCUCGGCCCGGGCUUUGCCUUUUCGCGCAUUAGUGGUGCGUUUGUCCGCGUGAAGAGCGUCGAUCUGAGCGACAACAACAUCGGUGGCCCGCUCCUCAUCACCGCAACUGACGUGUUUGAACUGGGCUCGCUCGUCACGCUCGACCUCUCCAACAACUCGCUUGUCGGCGACGUGCCACAGCUCGUUGGCGAGCUGCCGUCGCUCAAGCUGCUCGAUUUGCGGAACAACCCGGGGAUGGAGGCCAAGCGCGGGCCGGGCCCGUUCAUGCCCACGUUUGUCUCGCCCGACUUUAGCGCCGCCGACGUGGUUACUCUCUCCGGUGGCGCGUGUCCACAGUGGAUCGGGAGCUCGGGCGUCGAGCUCAAGGUCGACCCCUCGUAUCAUCGGUAUCUGGCAUGCCGCUGCCGUGACGAGUUCUACAACACCACCCGCGGCGGGCUCGACUCGUGUGCCGCCUGUCUUGCCAACGCCAGGUGCCUCGGCUAUCCGUCGACGGCGGUUCCGGUCAUGAUCCCCAAUCCUGGCUACUUUCCCUCGCUGGCCAGGUUCGAGAUUGACAACCCGUUUGCAGCGGUGACCAAGCCGACACCGGCACCGACGCCAGCGCAGACACGGGCGAUGCGGUCGCUGACUCAGUUCAACGCGAGCGCGACGCUGAGCACGACGGUGGCUAAUGCCUUUGUGGCAUGCGAGUUUGGAGCCAUGAAGGCCACGAGUGCGUCAAACCCGUGUGAGGUUGUCCAGACGACCGACGCCAGCGGCGCUACUGUGACCUCGUUCCAGUGCAAGGAGGGCCAUCGCGGUCGUCUCUGCGCCGACUGCGAGGACGAUUUCUUUCUGCGGGACGGCGAGUGCGUCAAGUGCUCGCAGUCGACUGGGGUGUGGCCGUCGGUUUUCAUCUUUUUCGUCGUCAUCGUCCUCGCAGCAGUCGGCGGCGCCUCGAUCCUACGCGACGUCGUGCCCGAGGAGAUCCGCAAGUGGGAGCGGAUCUUCCAGGGCGGGCGGUGCUCUUCGCGCCAGACCGAGGAGCAGUUGAGCGCAAGCUCCGAUACUUCGACGGUGUCGCAGUCGUCCGCAUCGGGUAGCGACUGUAGCGACGGCGAGAGCGCGCCGGCCAAGCUCCGGCGCAAGGCCUUCCUGCGCUACGUCCAGCAGCUCUUCCAGAUUGUGAUUUCGUUCUUCCAGACGCUUACCAUUGUUGUUGCCGAUCUCUUGCUGCCUUCGUCAAUCCUGCCUAUCUUGGCGAUCUUCCAGUUCUCACAACCGUCGUCCGAGGGCAUCGGGCUCGAGUGCAUCUCCGAGUUUGAGAGCUUCGAGGCCCGAUUCCGGGCCAUGGUCUGUCUUCCGCCGAUCAUCAUGACGGUCCUCCUUUUGGUUUUCACCGUCAAGUUUGUGAUCAAGUUUCCGUCUGCGUCGUCAAGCAGCGGGUCGGACGCAGGUGACGACGACGACUCCGACUACACGUGGGCGACGGGAGCGUCCGGGUCGAGCGAAGGCGACUCGUCGUGCGAGUCGGAGCAGGCCGAGUCCAACGAUGGGCUGCAGCAGAGGCUGAUGAGGACCGGCGAGGUGUACAUGGGUCAUGUGGUGUGGGCUAUCGGGCUUGUCGCCAACUUUUUCUUCCUCCCGCUCGCCACCUACAUCCUCGACGUGUUCAACUGCGAGGAGGACCCGGUGUCGAAGAUCUCGUACUUUAAGAACUACCCGCACCUCGAGUGCUCGACGCUGACGGUGGCGGAAAAGGUGGUUCCGAUGGUGGUGUACGUAGUCCUGCCGAUGCUGGUCAUGGUUGCGGUGGUGAUCUACGGCGAACUGGCGGCCGAGCCCGUGGCGUGGAUCUCGACCUCGUUCCCAUUCUGGUUCGACUCCUUCAAGGCACGGGCGCGGUACUUUGCCGUCAUUUUUGUCCUGCGGCGGUUCCUCUACGCUGUAGUGGUGGCUUUUGGCUCUGCGACCGAGAUCUACCGGCAUGUGGUGCUUGUCACCACGUUCCUGGCGUCGAUCUUUGCGGCCUAUGAGAUGUCGCCGUACGUCUCGCCGCUGGUGACGCGGAUGGACAUGACUGCCCAUGCGGUGUUGUUGAUGGCGUACGUUACGGCGCUGGUUGCCGAUCUCCUUGCUGUCGCCGAUGAGCAAGCCUCGUUUGUGGUCACCGUCUUUAUGGCACUCGGCGCGUACUCGAUCGUAGUGGUGGCCGUCGCCAUCGGCAUCCCUGCCUACCGGGUCUUUGUCAAGAAGACUUGGCACGAGCCGGGUGCAGGGCUUCGGCUGGCCAACCGGUUCGGGGCGGUGGUCCAUGUCGGCGUGGCCUACGCCACCGCAGAGUGGCUGGCAAAGCUGUUCUGCGCCGGCCGACCGCUGCUGCUGGGCCCGGAUCCUCUGGCCGACGAUGGCAUGCGGCUGAUCGAUCCGGCGAGCGAAGAGUACAAUGCUGAGGAGCUGGAUCCGCAGGUGACGUACCUGGUGCUGGACGAAGAUGAGGCUGAUGCCCAGGAGGCGGCCGAAGCUGCUGGCGAGGAGACGGCCGAGCCGAGCGAGGAGGAGAAGGUGGCCCAGGCGCUGGCGCUGGCCAAGGCCAUGCGCGACGUCCGAGUGGAAGUCAUCGCUAGUGAGUACACCCGGCUCACCGAAGGCCUGUGGACGUUUGAUCCCGAGUGGAUGCUGUCGCCGCUGCUGCGGGCGUUGCUGGCGGCGAUCGAAAGCGCCGAAGAGGCUGAGGCCAAGAAGGCGGCGGUCGACGAGGCUAUGAAGGUGCUGACGGACAAGACGCGACUGUAUUCUAUGCCGAUGUGCUCGUCGGCGUUUUGCAUGCUCUUGCUAGAGGAGCUGGAGAACUUCGAGGCGACGGGCCUCCCAUGCGUGCGGCCCAACUCGAUGAACGCGUUCGGGCUAGUCCUCGGCGAGCUCGGGCUCGACACUAUGCUCGACGACCUGCUCAGCUGCGCCAUUUCACCGCUGGCAAGUGUGCUGUACCCGGAGUUUUCCGGUGGCGAGCUCGACUCGCAGUACUCGUUCAUCGUUCAGUACCGCAUGUCUGAGGACCGCGAUCUCUCCUUCCACUACGAUAACGCCGAUGUGACGCUUAACAUUUGCCUCGGCGCUUCGUUCGGCGGUGGCGAUCUCGAGUUCCGUGGUUGGCUCUGGGACGAGUCGACCCAUGGCGAGGAGACGGUCGUUGCGCACACCCCGGGCGUCGGCUUGCUACAUCUCGGGCGGCACCGGCAUGCGGCGCGGCCGAUCGAGUGGGGCGAGCGGUACAACCUCAUUGUGUGGUGCUCGUCGUCGACCUCACGGUUCUGCUCUGGCCACGGCGCAUACCACAGCCACGACGGGCAGUAG